AUGCGGGUCAUCCCAGUGCCAAUGCUUUCGGACAACUACUCAUACCUGAAUGGAGUCACAGCUGCUGUGGAUCCUGUUGAGCCUAGUAAAGUCAUUGAGGCUGCCAAGAAGGAGGGACUGCAGAUCUCAAGUGUGCUGACAACGCAUCACCAUUGGGAUCAUGCUGGUGGUAAUGAGGAGAUAGCAAAGCUCAUUCCUGGCAUAGAGAUCAUAGGGGGAGAGCACGACAAUGUCAGCGCUGCUACAAGACAGGUUGCAAACAAUGAGGACAUUACAGUGGGCGACAUCUGCAUCAGAUGCCUCGAAACACCAUUCCAUACCUUGGGGCACAUCUGCUACCUGUGCAGUGAAGAGGGUACCUCAGAGCGCAACAUUUUCACCGGCGACACUCUCUUCAUUGGGGGUUGUGGAAGGUGCUUUGCUGGGACACCUGAGCAGAUGUAUCAGUCCCUGAUACAGACGCUGUCAAAAUUGCCUUCUGACAUCAAGGUGUGGUGUGGCCAUGAGUACACAGUGAAGAAUCUGGAGUUUGCUGCAGCUGCAGACAAGGACAACAAGGCUGUGGCAGACAAGCUUGAGUGGGCAAAGGCUCAGCGCGCAAAAGGGCUCCCAACAAUUCCCUCUACAAUAGGGGAGGAGCUGGGAUUUAAUCCUUUCCUGCGCAUCUCUCAGCCGCAGAUUGUGGCAUACUCUGGGGGAAGCUCAGACCCUGUUGAGGUCCUCGCAGCACUACGCCGCAAGAAGGACAAAUUUUGA